AUGUCAGUAGAUGCGUCGACUUCACAAUUACCCAAUGCAACGCCUUUCUUAAACUCAGUGUGUCCUGGCUUUGCUGGUCUAGAUGAUAAUGUACACUAUCUGUUGAGAACCCUACCUUCCCAAUGUAGAGAGAUCCCGUGGCCAAUUACUACUACAAAUACUAUUCUCAAGUUAGAUCAGUCAUAUUUGAAUAUUGCAAGACCACCAUUGUGCAAGAAUGAGUCGACUACAUAUGUUUCAUUACCUCACCAUGUCACUAGUUUGUUUGAUAAAGUAGUGAAAAACAGUGAAAAGGGUCUGGAAGGGUAUAUGCAUAUUGGAGCCAACAUCAACCCAUUAUUACAUGAUCCAUUCAAGAUUGUGAAUUCCAACCCUGGAUGUAUGACACGGAUCAUCACAUUGACCAAAUCCCGAAACCCGUUUGCUGAUAACAAAACAUUUACAAACCCAGGAGGUAAAUCAACAAAUUAUUUCAAAGAUCUACAAAAGGGGGACUUUAAAAUUUUAAACGAUAAGAAAAUAAUUGGAGCCUCGAGACUAUUAGUAUCAUCACAUGUCAAUAUCUUGAAUGUUUUUGCACUCGAUGAAAAGAGCAAUUUUAUGAAUACUAAAAAGAACAAAUCCAAACUCAAACCCAUAAUAGAAGAGGAAGGACAAGGUAAGACAUAUGAAAGAAUGAUCGAGGAACCAGUGCUCAGAAUUCAGUUUAAGGACGAUGCGAUAAUAAGUGCAAUUUCUACGUUUGUGUUGAAUGACGAACCUAUUGUUAUAUUGGGUUUCCAUUCCGGUGAGAUUAUCAUUAUCAAAUUACUCGAUCAGAAGUUUCAGAUGUUUGAUGCAAUUAAAAAAAGUGAGGAUAAUGUGGAAGUGAACACUGUCACAUCAAUCGAGGCCAUGCGCCAUCCAAAUUAUGAGUAUUUGAUUGUUGCAGGAUAUUCCAACGGUGAAGUCGUAAUUCUUAAUCCAGCGGGUGUGGUUGAAAACUAUGCCAAAGCUACUAUAGAUAAAGAUGAAUCAUGUACGUAUUUCAAAAAGUUCGAUUUGAGUCCGCUUGGCAAGAUUCAUAACUCGUUUCUAGUGGGUCAUAUUAAGGUUAGCCAUAAGCCUAUAACAUCCAUAAGUUCUACUUUACCGAUUAAUAAACCGUUGCAGUCACCUGAAUCCCAGCCAUUGAUUCUUGCACUUGCUUCCGCUGAUGGGUUUGUUAGAUUUAUCGAUUUAAUUUUCACAUAUAACCAAAACUAUGGUAACAAAAAACACGUUAUUAUCACUGAUGUGAUAUCAAACUACUUCAACACAGGCAUCACUGCAAUUCAGUUUUCCCCUGAUUUCAAAUUUAUUUGUGUUGUGGGCAAUGGUGAUUUGAUUGAAGUGUUCAAAAUGAGCUAUUACAAUGUCAAUGGGUUAUUGUACAAAAAUACUGGCCGUCGUUCAAGAAGUGGUACGGUUAACAGUGCAAAUUCUGGAACAGAGCCAAGAAUUAAAGAUUCUAGAAACAACAAGGACUUGUACCCGCCUAUGAUUAAGGAUAUCCAAAUAAUAGGCCGUUUCAAAGGACAUACCAAUGUGGUAAAGUCUAUUAAAUUUGUUAAGGACAAUGCCAACUCCCUGGUUUACAAGUUGAUUAGUUGUGGAUAUGAUGGGAAAACGUUUGUUUGGGACUUUGAUUAUAAAGCACUUCCUAAGGUUAAAAGACACCAUCCAAAACCAUCUGCACCUAGAGAGAGCAGACCGAAAUCUAUUCAUGAUAGGAGACAAAUAUUGGUGAGUCCAAGUCCUUUAUCAAGAAUGAAGCACAAUAGAAACAAGUCGAUUGAUGAAAAUCCAUUUCAUUCACCCUCAUUGACUAAUAUCGCCAACACCUAUAGCAUGAAUAUGAUACUACAGGAUGAGGCUCCCAAAACAGCAUUGUCAACAGAUCAAAUAGAAGUGGCGGUGUCUCUUUACAAGUCACUCUACGAUAUCAGGUUAAAAAGGCAUUACAAGAAGAAGCCGGUAAUCAGACACAACAUCAUUUGUCCAAUUGUUAGUGACAAAUUGGUUCCUUCAAUAGAGAUCCCGUUGGCAACUAUUGAUUUGUCGUGUUUUGUUGGAGAUGGAAAGAUUGAUUCAUUUUAUACAGACGAAUCUACAUUUUGGUGCUUUGCAAAAAGCGGAGAUCUAUUUAGAUAUGUAAUUACUUAA